AUGAUCCCGAAACAACCCCAUCUCGCCCCGCUAAUCAAGAGCGACCCAGGAUCCGACCGAUUUCCGCCUCGUCUCAAAACGCAGACUUCGAAUGACCUGAACGCGCUAAGAUCAGUCUCAGUCCACUCCACAGCUCACUCGAUCCACCGGAGCAAUCAUAAGGUCCUACAAACUCAAUCAUCCAACGUCCCACAUCACACCCCCCUCCAGGGAUCGCCUCCAAAUGUCCCGACAAUUCGCACAGAGGUCCAUCUCAUCCCAGCGUCUCUCUCUCACGAACCGACGGAAUCCCAAACCCCCCGAUUCCCACCCAACCGAGACCAGUGGUAUCGCCCCACCGAGAAACCUCAACAUAGCCAACGUCGGCACAUCCGCGCCGACUUACCAACUCUCUCCGCUCCCGUCACGCAGCCCGCACCCAGUCCUGGUCUUCUCACUCAGAGUGAAAAACCCCCUCAUUCCAGUCGGCUCAUGGGUUCAGGCCCCACGACCAACCUCGUCUCGAGUCGAUCCUCUCCCGAACCGGGUGUGUUAGCAAGCGGACGAUUUGUCCCGAUCAUCUCAGGUCUUUCCUCCAACCAGCUCUAA